UGUAACAUUUCUUUUUUCAAGCACAUUUUGUGCUUGUGAAAUCUAUCUUUUCAAAGCUAUGUUUGUUGUAUUUUAAUUUACAAAAUAUGGUUCCAACAUUUAAAUUAUCAAGUUUUACUUACUAAAAGAUAAACUAAUCGAAAAAUUAAAUAGCACAAUUUAUACAAUGAGUUCAAAAAAGGGAGAAAGUGAUCGUUACAUUAACGAAUAUUCAAGAAUAAGAAAAUUGACAAGUAGAUAUGACAUACGGACUCAAUCAAAUGAAUUUGGUUUGUCGGAAGAUCAAGUUGCAGAAUUCAAAGAAGCAUUUAUGCUGUUUGAUAAGGACCAUGAUGGAUGCAUUACUGAGGCAGAACUUGGAGUGGUAAUGAGAUCAUUGGGUCAAAGACCUACAGAGACCGAUUUGAGAGGUAUGGUAAAAGAAGUUGAUCAAGACGGUAAUGGUAGUAUUGAGUUCAACGAAUUCAUUUUAAUGAUGGCAAGGAAGUUAAAGGCAUCUGAUGGUGAAGAAGAAAUGCACCAUGCAUUCAAAGUAUUUGAUAAAAAUGGUGAUGGAUUUAUAACAUUUGAUGAACUUAAACGUGUAAUGAAUUGUAUUGGAGAACGACUAACAGAUGAGGAAAUUGAAGAUAUGAUAAAAGAAGCUGAUCUAAAUGGUGAUAAAAAAAUUGAUUAUAAAGAAUUUAUUACAAUUAUAACUUCGAAAAAAUAAUGGUAAG